AUGGCCGAACCGGUUUGCGCCCAGGGUUCGCUGCCCACUGGGAAAGAUGCCGAGCAUGGUACUUACGAGUCAAGGGGCCAACCGGAUGGACCGAGGGCAACGGCCCGGUUCGGGAAGUUGAACCGAAAGUCGGAGGCGGAAGCCAGAAAUCGGCGCACGUUUCUGGUGACAGCCUCGCUGCGGUCGCCUCGAAGAAAAACCGAGGUAACGAUGCACAAAAUAACGGGGCAAAACCAGGCGGCUAUGGAGAGUGAAUCCAAGCGCUGUGGGAAAUCGGCCGGAACGCAGCGGUUGUGUAUUAAGAGACAAGCAAACGGCCGAGGCGACACAAAAGUCGCGAUGUCUAGAGAAGAAAGGCGUACCGAGGCGAUAGCAAUGGGGAGGAACAAGGCGGCGACGGGGAUGAACACAAUCUCUCAGGAUUAG